UUGCGUGACUUUCUCUAGUGUGCAAGAUGCCAUUUCGCUGGAUGCACUCGAUGUCACACGUUCUUGCCGACUUACUGCCAUAUCUCAGGACCAGCCGGUGGCGACUGGUGUCGUUGGUCCGCCCGUGAGGAUGGCUGUCCUUUUGCCGGUCCCACUUCGUUCGACUAGACCAGCAAUGGCGUGACGCAGGUGUCGUCCAGUUGCUCUAAGUGCCAUCUCCCUCGCUGUCCGUCGUUCCACCGACGCUAUCACUAGUAUUUCACCAUUUCUCCAUUAUCCUCCGACUCUAGUAGCAAAGUCGCAACAUGCAAGUAUCUGCUGAUCUCAACGCCACUUUUGAAAGCACCGUGACGCUCAAACGUCUGGGAUCGGCCCCAUUGCCUCAGACUGAGGUCUCCGUUACCGUCGUCAAGGCUCGAUCCAAGUCACUGACGCGCACAGCUCACCAUUGUACGGAGCCAGGCUGUGACCGCCACUUCAAUCGGAGAUACACGUUAAUCGAGCACAUGAAGGCCCACACGGGCGAGAAGCCGCAUGUGUGUCCGGUCAAGACCUGCGCCAAACGUUUCACUACGUCCGGGAACUUGUCGAGACACAAACGCCUCCACGGAUACAUUGAGCCGCUGCAGUGCCCCGUCGAGGGGUGUUUGAGCUCCUUUCCAAGCAACAACAAGCUCGAGAAGCACAUGAAGUUCCAUCUCGGGGGUGCCGUACAAGUGUGUACCGUCAACCACUGCGGCAAAACCUUCAGCACCGUUGGCAACCUGAACCGCCAUGUCAAGCACCAGCACAUGGACGAAGUCUCCACCGGAUCGUCGUCGUCGUCUGACUUCGAUGCAUCGAGCCCCACCAGUGCCGAAAACCAGUCAACAUCCUCCUACACGGCGCUCCUGCUCGAUAGCAGCAUGGAUGUCUCCCAGCCCCCUGCCAUUGACGUAUCUAGCCUACCACAAUUCACUCCCGAAGUGUGCGAAGAGUUCCAAGUGCCCCCUCUCAAUGUGUCGACAACAUGGCACUCGGACGAAAUGGUCGACGUCCUCACGGAUAUUUUCAAUGAGGCUGUGGACCAGCCAGACGAAGAGCCUGAGAGCUCCGAAAAUCACGGCAAGAUCAGUAUCCUCGACGAUAUGAUCAACUUCCAUGUCUCCCACUUGUCGUAAAGCAAAAGUGUCCGAGUAUUAGAUGUUCGAAACUACAGUAGUAAAUUUAAGUUAAUGAAGUGGAUUGCCAGCAAC